GUAGCACAGCCCCUCGCCCCAAGCGGCUACAGUCCCCAGUUACGGACUCCCGGAAGUAUUGCUCAGCGCCCCGGAAGCGAUUCCUCGGGCCACGAGCGGCGCUCCGCCUUGCGUUCCGUGUGAGACGUGGAACUGAGCGACGGAUACAGCAAGCGAGAUGCCGGUGGCCGUAGGUCCCUAUGGACAGUCCCAGCCUAGCUGCUUCGACCGUGUGAAGAUGGGCUUUGUGAUGGGUUGCGCCGUGGGCAUGGCGGCCGGGGCGCUCUUCGGCACCUUUUCCUGUCUCAGGAUCGGAAUGCGGGGUCGGGAGCUGAUGGGCGGCAUCGGGAAAACCAUGAUGCAGAGUGGCGGCACCUUUGGCACAUUCAUGGCUAUCGGGAUGGGCAUCCGAUGCUAAUCAGGGCAAUGGGUGCCCACAUCAACCCCCUGCCAUCAGUCUCAGCCCAUGUACUAUAUAAUAAAGACUUU